AUCAGCGCACGCCAAACGACACCCGCCCUCCAAUCACCGCGCGGCCCCGCCCACUCCGCCUCUCCUCAGCCAAUCCGAGGGCUCCACCUCCCUUCUGCCUCGCGCUGGACCAAUGGGAAGGAGACAGGCAGGGAGGCAGCGACCAUAGAGGACGAUCGGAGAGAGUGCCCCGCCGCGUCGCCGCCGCUCUUGCUUUCUCUCUCUAUGGUGGAGGUUGGGGAAUUGGCGGGAAGAUAAACAUUAAAGGAGGCUGCGAGUUCAAAUCCUGAGCAAAGGGCCAACAGAGUCAGGUAUAGGGGGCUCCGGGCGCCCGAGCGGCUGUGACCCGCCUUCAGUACCGUUGUUGGGGGAGAAAGGACGGAGCCCAAUCGCUGACCAUGUCGGGGGACCUGAUGGCCUACGAAACCCAGUUCUUUGGCUUCACGCCGCAAACGUUGAUGCUGCGGAUCUACAUCGCCUUCCAGGACCACCUUUCGCACAUCAUGCUGGUUGCGGAGGAGGCCAUGCUGAACAAGCUGGGAAGCGCCCAUCGCAGCAUCACACCUUCCCUCGUCCGCAGGGGCACUGAGCAGUUCUUCUCCUUCAUGAAGGAGCGUUUCGAAAGCCUCUUCGGACAGAUCGAAGAGACCCUCCUGAGGACGGUGCUCAGCCUCCCAAAAAACGUCCUCCUUCCCGAACACCAGGUCCAAGAGAAGUUCCCUUACUCCGCCGAACAGUUUCAGGAGCUGCAGGACGAAGUCGGGCGGCGAGAGGAGCGGCUCAAGGUUGAAACGCGCGCCGGAUGCGCUCUCCAGGAAGAGCUGGAAGAGCAAAAGGUGGUCCAGGCGCACCUCGAAAAGGUCCUGCGUUGGUUUGACGGCUUGGACAGCGUCAGCCGGGAAGAAGGAGGCGGCAACCUCAAGGAAGGCUUCGAAGCCUUGACGAAAACGGCCACCAAACUGCGCGACGUCGUGCGGGAAGUGGAACGGAAAAUGGACCAGUUGGAGAAACUGUGAUGGCGGAUGGAAAACAUGAAGGAUCCCUCCUUGCUCCUAUUAUAGCCACCAAAUCCAUUUCAUUGCCUCUCCUCUCAAAAGUAUCAUCAUGCCCAGAGCAUCAAUGGUGCCCAGAACACACUGCAGAAAUAAUCCGGUUUGAGACUCCUUUAACUGCUCUGCUUCAGUGCUGCAAAACCCUGGGAAUUGUAGUUUGCGGUGGCACCAGGGCUCCCAAUUGAGAAAGCUGAAGGUCCCACAAAACUACAGCCCCCCAAAUUCCCUCGCAUUGAGCCAGGGACGUUAAAGCGGUCUCAAACCGGAUCAUUUCCACAGUGUGGUUUGGACCUUUGCAAUGGCUUCUAAUACCACAAAAUGACCUACUUUGUGUGCGCUUCUUUCAGGGACCUCAGCAUCAUUUGUAAGAGGCAUGCGCUGCAGAUGUGCCUAGCUUGGAAAAUGCUCUUCUUUUAGGCUGAGGUACUUAUAGGAGUUGUAAACCAGAAGUAACUUUCCAAACUUUGAACUGUAUUCUUUAUCUCCCUUCCCAAAUCCGCCUCUAUUUGCAUCCUAUCAAUACUCUAUGAGAACUGCUACCUACUAAACUUGUUGGAUCUGUAACCACAAAGUUGUAUAUACCUAGUAAAUUAGAUUCUUUGCCUUUCUCUGGGUCUCUGAACCACAAUAAAAAUUAAAGGAUGCUUUCGAACA